AUGGCCCUUGUCCCACCGCCACCAACCCUCCCCCCAACAACCCCCCCAAACACCUACCUAGUCAGCCUCCUAAUCUACCCCAACCACUGGGCCUACUACAUCCCCUCCCCCGUCGCCCCAAACAUCGGCGUUCUCCUGCACGCCACCGGCGACACAAAAACCGGCUUUAAAUUCUCUAUUCAACGAAGCUAUGAUUUGAGUCUUCCUGAGAACCAGAACCCACCGCCUACACACAGGAUUCCGCUGCAGUGGGUUGAUGAACGGUGGUUUGAUGAGGAGAGGAUGUUGAAUGGUGGAGUGUGUGUGGAGGAUUGGAAGCCCGUUUGUGGAUUUGAGGAGGUUGUGGGAGAGGUUGGGAUGACGGGGUGGGGGGAGGGGUUGGAUGAUGAAGGGGAUAAAAGCUGCCAGGACUGGGUUAUUAAGGUUGCUGAGGAGCUUGUUAAUAGUGAAGUUUUUGGGGAUAAUGUUGUCAAUUAUCUUUAUACGAUUCGGAUGGCAGAAUGGCUAUGA